UAUAAACGAAAAUCCAGUUAAUUUAAGAUAUUCUUGUUUAUUUAUAAGAUGAUAUUAUUAAUGAAGAAAUUAUUUUACCUGUUCUAAUUAAAAUGUAACUUUUUAAUUUAUAUCAUCAGGGACAAACUCUCUAGGAUGAGAUGAUGUUAUAUUAAUAAAACAAAAUGGGAUGGUUUACUUGUUGUCAAUGUAAGUCCAGAGAAGAGAAAAUAACAGAAUUGGACUUUUCUCGAUGUGGAAUAUCAGAAAUACCUAAUGAGGUAUAUGCAAAUUCACCUACUCUUGAAGUAUUACACUUGGAGGGCAAUAAGUUGAAAGACUUGUCACCCCAACUGUUCCAGUGCAUAGAUCUGAGAUAUUUAAAUGUGAGCGAUAAUGAGAUUCGUACGAUGCCUCCAUUGAUUUCAAAAUUGACAAAUUUGCAAGUUUUAAUAUUUAGUAAGAAUGUUUUAGAUGGAGUACAUCCAAAUUUAGAUAAAUUGAAUAAACUAACUAUGUUAGAUCUCAGUAUGAAUGAUUUAGGGAAGGUACCUGAUGCAAUAAUGAGCCUAAUAAAUCUACAGCAGCUCUGUUUAAAUGAUACUGGAAUCGAUUUUGUUCCUGCCAAUAUUGGACGUCUUUCAAAUUUGCGAAUUUUAGAAUUAAGAGAUAAUAAUUUAUGUGAACUGCCUAAAUCCAUUCGACGAUUAACCAAUUUACAAAGAUUAGAUGUUAGUGACAACAACUUAUCUAACUUGACAGAAGUUUGUGAAUCUCAUGGAAAUUUAACCGAAUUAUGGAUAAAUGGUAAUAAUAUAACUCAGCUCUCCGUUUCCAUAACUCAUUUGAAGAAAAUUAAUGAUUUUGAUGCUUCAUAUAAUAACUUGGAAUCUAUACCAAAAGAAAUUGGACACUGGACAAAAAUAACAAACUUAAUUUUAAGUUUUAAUAAUCUCUCUUCUUUACCAAAGUCUAUAGGAAAUUUACGAAACCUUCAAGUGCUUAAAUUAGAGUCAAACUACUUGGAGGAAUUGCCAAAUACUAUUUGUAAAUUAGUUAAUCUAGAGGAACUGAAUUUACAAAAUAAUUCAUUAUUUAAAGUCCCGAGUGGAAUUGGACAUUUGAGGAAAUUGGCAACUCUAAUAUUGUCUGACAAUAAAUUACAGCAAUUACCAGCAGAAAUUGGAAGUUGUUGUGAACUAUCUAUCUUAAAUGUGCACAAUAACCAGUUGGAGAAACUUCCUGAUGAAGUGGGGCACCUUCAGAAUCUUACCACAUUAGGUCUUAUCGGUAAUAAACUGUCUUAUCUGCCCAUAACAAUAUCGAAAUUAAGAAACUUAAAAGCAUUAUGGCUAACACCAAAUCAAACUCAACCUUUGAUCCACUUGCAAAAUGAGCAACUUGCUGAUGGAGAGAUAGUAUUAACUUCGGUAGUAUUUCCACAAGCGCCACUGAGGGAUCCUCCACCUAACGUGCAAUUACCUUUGGGGAAUCAAACAUGCCAUAUAACGUUCAAUACCGAGAGGAUUGAACACGAAGUUGCAGGUACUAAUAUAUCUUUAAGUCGUACACCUACUCCCCACCAUAAAGAAUUGAAGAGGCUAAGAGAGAUAUUACGAAGUACACAGAUACCAGGCAAUCAAGUAUUUAACAUUUCACAAAUAAAAGAAGCCAAAGUUACUCAUAUUUCAAGCGAUAUUAAUGUUUCGCAGACUAGUUUAAAUGGACACGAAGGUGGUACAUUAGAGAUUUUAGAAAGUUUGUCUGAUAUAACUAGGGAAACUAAUAAAACACCACCAAAACAACCACCUCCUUAUCACAUAGCAGCAGUUUAUUCCAAAAAUGCUCAUCUGUUUAUUCAUAAUUUAAGUCCUCCUAGUCCACAUGAUCAACCUAAACAGUUUAGUCAGCAGCAACCGACAAACAUACAUAUGCCCACCCCAAAGAUGCCCGAUAGCAGAAAUCAGUUUGUUGGUAUUGAUAGAUCUGUUCCAGUAUUGCAACUUGCGGAUAAUAAAAUUAUGAAAUCUAUAUCUACUAGCACGGAAGAAGAUUUCAACCAAGCGAAACAUGUUAAGUGGCCUUUUGGCAGAUAUAAAGUUUGUAAAGUUUUGGAAGUAGAGCUGCCUGAUUCAUAUUUACCAAAUGAUUUUCAAAUAUCCGCCCAAAUUGAUGGUAUUUUUAUAGAGGAUGUCAAUCCUGAAAGUGUAAUUUGUGAAAAAUUAUGUAAAGGGGACAAAAUAUUAGCUUUUGAUGAUGUGGAUUAUUCUACUGUGGAUCCUGUAGAGGCUUACCAGGAUGCAUGCCAUAAAAUUGGUAAUGUAAAAAAUGUGACAAUUUCAAGAAAUCAAGAUGUGUAAAGUUAAACAUUUGGUUUUUUAAGGUUUUUCAUCUCAUAUUUAAUUGGAUCCAAUUUUUACUGCGAAUGCUCUAUAAACGAACUAUUUUUUUUUAUUAAAAAAUCUUUAAUAUGAUGAAAAAAUUAUAUUUAUCUUAAUAAGCCAUGGCAACAAUUAAAAGUGAAUAUGUAUUUAUGGCUAAAGUAAAUUAAUGUAUUUUAGAGUAUAUUGGAUCCAAUAACUUCAAUAUAUAGUGUUACCAGUAAGUAUUUAUGAAAAUUUGAUAAAGCCAGUUGUUUUUAUUUAAAAAAUAAUUGUACAAAAGCAAUCGUGAUAUUUUCUUCUUUAUAAAUGUCAAAUUUGACAUGUAGGAAAUUAUGGGAUUAUUUUUGUACAUGUCAUUUGAUAUUACAUUUUAAGCAAAAACAAUUGUUAAAGACAAAUAUUUUAGAAACUCGAUUACCAUAUGAUACUUACUUUAUUAGUAACACUGUAUAUAUAUUUAUAUGCAGCAAUAGUGUCAAACUUAUCUAUAAAUGUGGAUUGUCAGUUUGAGAACAUGCAAUAAUAUUGUUACUAUGAAAGAAAUGGUAUUUACAUAUUAUUUUUCAUAUUUUAAUUUUAAACUUAAAUGAUCUGACAUUCCAAGAUCUUAUGAGCUGCUUAUUUGACAUUUUUGUAUUGAACAAUUUAUAUAAAUUUAUACAAAAUAUGAAUUGUUUUCAAAUAAAAUGAUAAUUACAUGAGAUAUAUCUUCAAAAUUUAUAAUUAUUGUUUCCAAACAUUGACAUACUUAAUUUAGUGCAGCAAUAAUAAUUACAUACUAAAUGCAUUAGUACUUUUCAUACUAGAACUAGAUGUUUAUAUCUAAUAAUAUGACUGUUAUACUAAUGAAUAUUGAACUUUCUUAUUGUUGAGUAAUUCGCAGUUAUUGCACGAUUCAUAAAUUGUUAAUUUAAAAUGUUACUUGUUUAAAGUCAACGAAUCGUGUGCCUUUUAGUUGAUAUUGUAAUUUGUCGAUUGAAAAUUAUGAAACAAAUUGCAUACUAUUUACCUCAGUUCACAAAUUUAAUUUUAGAAACAGGCUGUGAGAUUAAAAUUAUAGUAUUAAAUAUAGUUUGUUUUAAGUGAAUACAUUGCAAAUAUUAUUUAUAAAACGAUAUUAUUUAUAUAAUUGCCAAAAGUGUAACUAUUUGCUAGUUGUAGUAAAUGCUGGUAGAUUUAUUUCAAUUAACCUAUUGCAAGAAAGUUUCUUUGACUAUUUAUACAAAGUUUGUAUUUUUAAUGCAUUUCUUAAAAACAAAGUUUAAGAUUUUUUUGUCAAAAAUAUGAAACUCAUUUAGUUGCUUAGUGAUUGUUACCAUUCAAAUACAGACUGAUAAACAAAAUUUAUCUACAAUAUUAAUGUACUACCAAUUCAAGAAAGACUGAUUUUUUAAAUCCUAUUUUUGUAUUAAGCUGUUUUAUCGAAUCAGCAGCUGCAGCAAUGUUUGAAGUGAAUCUGCCUUAAAUGUUUAUGAAUGAACAUAUAUUUGGAUUUUAUAGUAAAUAUGUGUGUAGUACUAACUAGCAAAUUUUCUGUUUAUUUUAGCAAUUUAUCAUGUUAAGUUAUAUAUACUUACUACUUUUUG